AGCUUCAUCUUCACGGAGUAUUAGCCGGGAAAUGCCGAAGAAGAGCAAUUCUAAGAAGUCCAAAUCUGCGGUGAAACCUGCGGCAGAGACGGCGAAGGCACAGAGCUCGUCCUCAUCCCCAUCGGAAAAGCUGAAAUCCGGCAGCGAACUUGACGAAUUCUCCCCCGGAAAGAAGAGAAAGAAGCCGGAAAAAGCUUCAGAUGCGGGUGACGCGCAAUCGAUGCCGAAAAAGACUACGGCGAAGGAAACGGACACCAAUGUCCGCAAAGCAAACGGGUCGGCGUCCGGGUCAAGGGCAAGGAAGAAGACCGGCGAUGGGUUCGCCGUUUAUACAGAAGAGGAAUUAGGUUUUAACAAAGCAGAUGCCGGAGAUGGAUUGAAUGAUAGAGAGAUGUUACAAGAUAGUCCAAUGGCUCGUCUCCUCCCUCCCUGUGGUCUCAUCACAGAGAUGGCUACCAAUACCACUGAUAACAAAAAAGAUCCGUGUUGGAAAUACGUUCGGUUGAAAGAUCCGAAAAUCACAAACAACACAACAUGCAUUUUUUGUGACCAAACGUACAGCGGGGGAAUCCAUAGAGCAAAGCAACAUGUAGUCGGGGGUUUCGCAGCGGCCAGGGCUUGUGAAAAAGUGACAAGCGAAGUGAAGGAGGAGAUACGGAAUUACAUGAUUUCAAAAAAGAGAGUUAGGGAGCAAAUUGUGAUGGAGAAAAGAAUUCAACCGCAACGGUUCCAUGAGGAAACAUUGAUGACCUUUGGUGAUGAAGAUGAUGAGGGGGAUGCACUGACAUUUCCAAAGAUUAACAAAAGGGGGCCAAUGGGUAUGUUUGUAAGUCAUGGUUGUCAGCCCGCGGCAAAUGGUAUGAUAGAACAAAAAAGAAUGAAUAAUGAUGCAUUGAAAGAGCUGAGGAGUCAAGCAUGUUCUGCAAUAGCAAGAUGGAUGUAUGAUGCCGGUAUCCCUUUUAAUGCUGUUACUUAUGAAAGCUUUCAAGAUAUGAUUGACGCUAUCGGAAAACAUGGACCAGGAAUGAGAGCUCCAUCACUUCAUGAAGUUAGAGGUCCUUUGUUGAAGAAAGAGGUUGAAGUUGUGAAAAAAGAAAUGGAAGAUCAUAGAGAAGAAUGGGAAAAGAAUGGAGACCUUUUAAUGGCGAAGUAUCCUCACCUAUAUUGGACACCUUGUGCAACUCAUUGCUUGGACUUGAUUUUGGAGGAUAUAUUUCAAGAGAAAGAUAUCCACUUAACAUACAAAAAGGUUGUUAAGUUGAGCCGUUAUAUCUACACUCGUCCAGGUUUAGUGAACUUGAUGCGGAAGUUUACUAAAUUAGAUUUGGUUAGACCCGGAGUGACUCGUUUUGCCACUGUUGCCCUUACACUGGAAAGGAUUUCUAUAUUGAGGGUAGAGUUAAGAACUUUGUUUGUUUCAGAUGCUUGGGCAAAAAGCAAGUGGGCGAAGGAACAAAAAGGUGUCUUAGCAUGUAACACUAUCCUAUCAGAGUCAUUUUGGAGAGGAAUGCGUAAAUCCUUAAAGAUUGCUACUCCUCUGAUCGAAGUUCUUCGACUAAUCGAUGGGGAAACCAAACCUGCAAUGGGGUAUAUAUAUAAGGCAAUGGAUAGAGCAAAGGAGGCCAUAGCAAAGAAUUUUGGAUACCAACAUGAGAAAUAUAGCCGAUUCUUUGACAUCAUUGAUGAGAGGUGGGAAGUUCAACUUCAUCAACCAUUGCACGCUGCGGGCCAUUAUUUGAACCCGGAGUACUUUUACUCUGAUCCAAAUAUUGAAUCCAACGAAGAGGUCGUAGAAGGAUUCUAUAAGGUGUUGGAAAAAUUAAUUCCUGACACGAAAAUACAAGACAAGAUCACAAACGAGCUCAUAUCGUACCGGAAAGCAGAAGGUAUAAUGGGGUAUAAUAUUGCGAAGAGGCAAAGAACUUCAAAACCAGCAGUGGAGUGGUGGAGAGCUUAUGGUGGAAGUGUACCAUUCUUGCAAAAAUUUGCUAUAAAAGUUUUGAGCUUAACAUGUAGUGCACUUGGAUGUGAGAGAAAUUGGAGCUUCUUUGAGCAUGUCCAUAGCAAAAAAAGGAAGAGGCUUGAUCAAACUAGGUUGAAUGACCUACUUUUUGUGAAAUACAAUCGAGCCCUCAAGAGGCAUCACACGCUUGAAGACUUUAUUGAUCCUAUGUGCUUGGAUAAUAUUGACGAAUGUAGUGAAUGCUUUGGGGGCGAAGACUGUUUAGAAGAAACGGAUGAAGAGGAAGCACUUGAUGGGCUCACUUGGCACGAUGGACGCCUUCGAGUGUAGUAAGCUGGUCCACAGGGGAGAUGCUGGAUCGCAUAGACGCAAAUGUCAUGAAGCAUCUCCCCCAUAGACGGGUGGGCACUGUACCUGGAGCCAACAAGUAGUUGAUGGGCUCACUUGGCACGAUGAACUUCUCCACAACCAACAAAGCAGACAACCCGUUGAUGGGAACCCUACCUUGGUGGUUUCUUGAAGGGCGUCUUGAUGAGUCAAGGACCCUUUUGGGCAUGCCAUGCUGUUUGACCGGUUGCCUGCAAAUCACCCGUGCGGUUUACAUGCCCACUCGGUUAUGUGCAAAUCCGACAAAGGUACCGUGUUGCGUGUUGUUUGGACCUUGACCGGUUGAAUUUGGUUGGGCCAGACCCGAUUCUUGGCCUGGGUGGAAUGCAACCAUCACCUUUUAUUUAAUUUGAAGUUCAAAUUUAUAAUUUUUGACUUUAAAAAAAUCAAAAGGAGACAAAUACUCAAAAAUGGAUUAAGUAUGAUUUUACUUAUUACAAUGUUGGCCUAUACUGCGCGCCUAACAACAUUUGCUCGCUUGUUGGCUCCAUUUAGAAGUACAGUCAAAUUCAAGUCAUAUUGUUUCUACUUGGGGUACAUAAAUAAAAGGCCAAAAUAAUUGUGAAUAAAGAACAAACGGUUUA